AUGGCGCUGGUUUGGAUCACGUUACAGCUGAUAUUGCUCUGGACCGUAGUGGAGGCAAGUGCGAUAUUAUUCAUUGAUUGGCAUCCUUCUCAGAUCAAUGGAUUGGCCAAGUUCACAAAUGUGCAGUGCUCUAGCUUGGAUACCAACAUCAGCGUAUUCACAUCUUGUCGCCUAUAUGCGGUUAAGCGAGACGUCGUCGAGAUGAGUUUGCGGAUAAAGAUCUUGCAGUUUCCCAAAAGGCCAGUUGCGAUGCGAAUUCAGCUGCUGAAGCGUGCUAGCGGCUAUAAGCCCUUUCUCUAUGACGUCAAGCAUUGCAAUAUGUGCGAGUAUCUGGAGAAACGGAAUCAUCCGUUUGUGAACAUUGUCUUCAAUAGUUUCGCCAAUCAUACAAAUGUGAACAAGUGUCCCUUGCCCUCUGAGCUCAGUGUGGAGCAUUUUCGAUUUCCGGUCAAGUCGCUCGAUUUUCUACCUCUGCCUGGCGGCGACUAUGCUAUCUAUUCCACAUUCAGCCUGGAUCGUCGAGAUCGCGUCUCGCUCAAAGUGUUCUUCACGCUGACCGAAUAAUAAAUAUGAGA